CGAGCGAGAAAGGGAGCAGAGGGAGGGAUAGAUAGAGACAAACAAGGGGAGCUGACAAAAAAGAUUCAAAGCUUGCCCUGCCCCCUCAUCCAUAUCUGGGGAACAAGGGAAUACGGCAACAGAUACAAGCCAGGGAGAGAGGGACCAAGAGAGAGAGAGAGAGACUGUUGAAUGAACUUGGCCAUUAUAUUCUAGGGAGAUACAAACAUUGCUUUAUCAGACAGUCAGAAAGAGAAGAAGAGACUGAGGAGAACAGAAGAUGAGGGAGAGUCUUUCUUCAAAAUCGUUCCAUUCUUUUUUUUAGAGGAAGAAAAGAGAAAGCAUAAGGGGGAGUUUUGGAGCGAGAGAAGCGAAAGAGGAGGGGGGGACGAGAUAAAUAAUUAAUUAACUUAGACUUUUAAGGGCUGUGGAGAUGUUUUUCCUUUCUUGAGAAAAAUAAUCGUACCAAAAUAACAAAAAAACAUCUUAACAUCUGACAUAAUUGAUUCUCUAAAUGUAGUUUUUUCACCCUGCAAGUGAGCACCGAAACGCAUAUGAGUGAAGAAAUCUCAUGGACGCGACUGAGAUGGAUAGAGAAAGGCAAGACAGAACAUUCUGACAUGGUGUCAACCCAUAUUGACAGAGACAAAGUGUGGAGAGGAAGAAGUGGGAUAUUCAGUGACAGACGCAUCUACCCCCAGACACAGAUGUUUAAUAACAAUUAUAUUGUUCUUGAAAUAUGUGCCAUCUUCAGUGGCAAAGUGGACAUUAUAAAAGGGAGAGGGGACAGACACGUUAAGUGCACAAAAAUUCCUGUCUGUCAGAAUCAGAGGCUGGGGCCAGAGGAGAGAGCAUUGCUCAGCUGUAGCUGUUCUCCCUGAACAACUGUGCCUGUCGACCGCUUUACAAAGUCUAUGUGUGGAAAGCCUUUGCACAGUGAAGGAGAAAAGCUUUUGCACAGGCACAUGAAAAGGGAAGAGGAACUCAAGAAGGACCAACUGUGUAACCUAGAUAAGCUGAAAUAGAAAGACCACAGCAGACUGGAGAGCAGGGCAGGAUUUCUUUCUUCCAGAACUUCUACUCCUCACUUGGACAAUAAGGGCUCUCAAUACAACUUGAGAGGGAGGACAGUCAGAGUGUCAGGGGGAGGGAGAGAGGAAGAACAGACAAUAACCUCCUGAGAGAAAGGAGGGAUAGUAGUCUGCAAUAGAGAGAGGAGGGGAAGUUCCCCCUCUCUCGACCCAUCUCAUCGUCAGGCUGGCUGGUGCAGCCACGGCGUUCACCUUCGCAGCCUUCUGCUACAUGCUCACCUUAGUGCUGUGUGCUGCACUCAUCUUCUUCGUCAUCUGGCAGAUUAUUGCGUUUGACGAGCUGCGCACAGACUUCAAGAACCCAAUCGAUCAGAGCAACCCCACCAGAGCGAGGGAAAGAAUUCUGAAUAUUGAAAGAAUCUGCAACUUGCUGCGGAAGCUGGUGGUGCCAGAAUACUCCAUCCAUGGACUGUUCUGCCUGAUGUUCAUGUGUGCUGGAGAGUGGGUCACCCUGGGCCUAAACAUCCCCCUGCUCUUCUACCAUCUUUGGAGGUUUUUCCAUCGGCCAGCAGAUGGGUCAGAGGUCAUGUAUGAUCCUGUCAGUGUGAUGAAUUCUGACAUCCUGAACUACUGUCAGAAGGAGUCUUGGUGUAAGCUGGGCUUCUACCUGCUCUCCUUCUUCUACUACCUGUACAGUAUGGUCUAUGCCUUGGUGAGUUUCUAAACACAGUAUAGAAGGCCAAGAGGAGAUUGAAAGACAGAGAAAGAGAACGACUAAGACCGGGUGAUGUCACUCACCCCUCUUUCUCACCACCCAUUACUCCAUCAUCACAGACCAUGAUUUGCUCUCCUCAAAUCUUUGGAUGGAGGGACGAACCUUGGAGGACAUUGUGAGGAAAUAAGGCAAAGCAAAGAGACGUUGUUGCACCUGCUCAAGACUGCAAUCCAUCUAGAAGAGGAGGAGCAGACAUAGAAGAGCCACAAAGGAGGAGGAAUGAAACAAAGAAGAGAAAGAGGGAACACAUCUCAACUAGUAUACGUGUUGCCUUGAUCUGACCACUUCUUAGAGCCUGCAGGUCUCCUCUGCUAUUCUGAGUAUUACAGUCACUCAACUGUGAGUUUAUAAACUUUGUGUUGCCUAAGUCCUAAAGUAUAUGUUGCAGAUUCAUAUCCUUCCAUUCCAAUAAACCUUUUUAGAAAAGAGAAUACAAAAUGCACAAAAUGUAUUUAGUUCUUCUACCGAUUUGGUAUUUCAAUAAUUCAGUAGUUGUGGUAGAUAAUUUUCUGAGGAUAUGAAUAGUUGUUUCAUCAGAUAAAUACACCAUUCAAUGCUACUAUUUCGAACCAGCGUGAUGGUAAUUGUGUUAUUCAAAAAUAUAAAAUGUAUGAACUCAUAAAUUACAUGCGAUGGACAUAAGCUUCUGUGAAGGAUCGCGGACACCCCGGAGUGGUGUUUGAGUCUAGGUCCAUUCCAGUCAAGGCACUAUCUCCCAGAUCCCAGUCCCCACCCAGGGAAAACAGGCACAUUUCAUUCCAACACAAAAUUAUUCAGGAUUGAAAUGGAUAUUUUGACUCUGGGUGACUUGGAACUUGGGUGUUUAAGUAUUCUGUGUUUGUCUGUUCUGUUCUAGGCAGGAAGGGCUGAUUUCACCAAUACUUUCCAAAGAGCUCUGCGCUCCGUGAUUCUAGAUCACGGAAACCUCAUUCAAGAAAAGCAAUUUUAAAUUCACAACAACAGCAAUGUGAUCAUAGCCUAGGAGAGAUGACUGUACGUGGGAUCGUAUUUCCUCUGUGGAAUAAUACUGUGUAACACAAGUAGCAGACGAGGCUGCUGAAGAUGAUGAUAGAUCGGUCUGCUGUGAUGACUAUGUCAAGCGCAGUAAACCUUCUCACAUAGAACACUAUGGUUGGACUUACAUAACUGUUCUUACUCAAGUGUUACAGUGAAUGUUGGCAGACACUUGACUCUUGGUUCAUUUCAAAGCCGUGACUUAGCUGGUGCUGCCCUCAUCAUCAUGUAACCAUAGCUCUGUGUGUAGCUCACUGAUAAUGAUCACACUGUGUAAUUUAAAACUCAUUAGAGAAAUGAGUCGUACUGGAACUUGAAAAAUACUGUGUGAUCAUUUAUUUACCAUAAACUGAUCAUAAUUGUAGUAAUUAAUUGUGUACGACAAGUCCGAUAGGGUUCAUGUUGGCAUCUGAACACAGCGCCCUGCAUUAUAGUGGAGCCACUCACAUUUGAGUAAUGUGUCAAUGUUGUUCAGCUAGGUUUCUUGUGCCAAGACAUACAGUAUGUUCUGUUCAUCAUGACAGUUCCCUCCAAAACAGAACAACCCUUCAACCCUGACAACAAUGUGAGUAAAUCACAGACAGUCGCUAAAGCACAAAACAGGGGGGUCACAAAGGAGAGGAAAUAUAGCUAGGUUGACCAUCAAUGAAUGUCAUAAUGCAGUUUAUCAGAAUGAAUGAAUUAAUAUACAGUAUAUUGAAGAAUAAGUAUUUGAUACUAUCUUUUACACAUCUCUCAUCACUGUAUGCUAUAUUUGUUGGUGUGCUAGUUUGUAUUCAUUAUAAUACAAUAUGAUAUACAGUACACACAGCAAUUCACAUAUUCUAAUAAAAUAGCAAUG